UCAGACAACACCCUGGGACUGAAGAGAGGAAGAUUUGUAGAGGAAAGGGGGAGGGGGGAAAAAAUAAAAUAGAGAGAAAAUUCCGACGGAGAGAACGACAAUACGUUGAAGAAGUAGGGGAAGGAAGAGAACGCCAAAGCGGGGUGGCAACUGGCGAGAGGGGAGGACGUCUCAGUGGCACGAAACCCCCCUCCCCUACAAAGCGACACCUCCGCCCCUUUGCCUUUUUGUACCUCCUGUUCUCCUUGCCCCUUCCCCUUGCCCUUGCCGCCGUCCUCGCCCACCGCCGUAGCAUCAGAGAUGCCCGAGAGCACGGCGCCCGGCACCGAUUCGCCCUCCGAGCGCUCCGCCAUGGCCGAUUCCCCCGCGGGCGCGGGCGAUGGCGAGGAAUCCCCCGAGGAAGAACGAUAUAUCGACGAAGAAGAGGAGGAGGUGGAGGAGAUAGUGGAGGAAGAGGAGGACGACGGGGAGGGAGAAGAAGGAUCGCAGGGGGAUGGAGAGGAGGACGAAGAGGAGGUGGAGGAGGUGGUGGAAGUCGAAGGAGAGGAGGGAGGCGAUUCUUCUGAUGCCGAGGCUCCUCCGGGCGAGGAUGCCUAUGAUGCUAGUGAAAAAGUAGAGCCUGCAGGCAAUAGUAAGGACGUGAAGCCGGUUUCUUCCAUGAAUGAAAGAUCUUGCAUUAAUCAAUCAUUGGCUAUCCAUGGCUGGGAUGGUGUCGGUGACCUUACUGCCUCUGAUUCGUCAGCUAAGCUGCCAGCAAUAGAUAGUGAGGAGGCAUCUGCUAUAAAUGACAGGGACACCAGAUCUGCCAUUCAGGAUAAACAUAUCGGGUCUUCUGAAGAAAGAAAAUUUUUCAAAUCUCAUCUAGCUGACAGAGAUAUUGAGGUUCUGUUGGAAAAGGAAACUUCUAUUGAAGCUUCAAAAGAUGUAAGAAGAUACAAUUUUGAAACUCAUGGCAAUUAUAAAUCUAAUUUAAGCUCCGAUAGUUUUAUCAGUGUCAAGGAUACCAGAUCGUUGCAUGUUAAAGAGGGCAAACUAGUUGUGCAGAGCAUGACAGAAAGUGGCUCUAGAUAUGGGAAGAUGGAUGGUGUGAUAGAAAAGGAUGCACUAAAUCCCUACACAAAAAUCAACUUGCAGCCGCGAGAGGACUUUGGUAUAUCAAGCAUACAUACUCCUCAAAGGAGACCUAGAAGUUCAUCUCCUGGUGCCCCACUUGAGAUUUUUAAAAAAAGGCCUGCAAUUAUAUGUGACUUUUUUAAGAAAGGCUGGUGCAUCAGGGGGAAUUCUUGUAGUUUCCUUCACCCGAAAGAGGAGGAUGCCAGAAGCAGCCAGUGGGCCAAAGAGAAUAUAGCUGAGCCAAGUUGCAUGUAUGAUUCUGUGGAUCAUACAGGUUCGAGAGAAGAAGCUCAGAGAUUGAAGCUAUCCGCUUCACAUGAGCCCCUAAACUCGUUAAAUUUUGAGAAAUCAUCUGAGUUGAAUUUACAAAGAGCCCUUGUCCGGGAAUAUGGUGGAGAGAGGUAUGGAUUAACUCAGUUCCAUGAUGAAUAUAAUAAGCACUCAUCAAAGAUUGCUGCAGACGAGCAUUCUAGAUAUGAUAUUUCUGGAAGCAGCGGGGCAUUAAAUCUUCCAGUGAAUGAAUUAAGGAAGGCAUCCUUGGUUCAAGAAGGAUAUCGAAGGCCCAUUGGGGUAAGCCCUUAUCUUCACCCCAUGGAUGAGAGGCAUUCAGCUAGUGGAGAUUUCCUCUCCAGAAGGUACCUAAAUGAAGGAAAGCUGCCCCAGGAAAUUCCCAAGGGAGAAUUUCUGAAUGAUGCAACAUUUUCAAGAGCAUCUCCUUUGUCAAGGAAUCCAUUAAUUCUUGAAUCUGGUUAUUAUUCAGAUCGAUCCUUUGCAGCCACUGGACUAUACCAGAAUAGCAACAAUCCAUAUUCCUAUGGCAAAAAGACAGAGGAUAUUGCUAUUGGAUAUCAGCAAAGCCGCUUUCCACCUCCUGAUCCAAAAUACUGUUCUUAUAGUCUAAGCAGCUCAUUGAGUUCAAGGUUUGACAAUUCUUUUCAGACUCUCCGUGGUUCACCUUCAGUUCAGACACUUGCUCAAAUAGGAGCAUCAUCAACUGGUGGAUCUACACCAUUAAGUGCCGAGCACCUUGAUAGCAAUAGAGCAUUCAAUUUUGAUAGAGGAUAUUACGGUUCCAGGUCUGCUUCGCUUCCAAGAAAUUCUUCACCAUACUACUCAAGAUCAGAAAUAGGAAGCAGUAUGCAACAAGAUAUCCUAGGGGAUAUUUCACCCUCUGCAGGAUUGAAAAUACAAGUAAAUUCUUGGGAACCAUCUGAGCGUUUUCAAUCUUCUUUUUGUGCACCUGCAAGUAAACCACAUCCUGGAAGUCAAUAUGAUCCAAUAAUUGAUAGUAUCGAGCCUCCCAAAGCAGGAAAUGUAACUAUCCGAACUUCUCCAAUCACCAUUACCCACAAUGCGUCAAGUCAGCAUAUAGAUGGUGAUCCUAUUUUAAGUGAUCAUGCCCCAGUAUAUAGUUCCCAGAAACCUCUGAAUUCUCUGCAUCGCUCCACAGAAGGCAUAUUUGAUGAGAGCACAUCAGCACAUCAAUUUAGUGGGCAUAUUGCCCCACUGGUUGCUACUGGACCUGAUACAGUUGAUGGGGUAAAAAAUUCUAUGCCUAAAGAUGAGAAACACUGGGUACCUCGUGCGACUGAUGGUGAAAAUGUAAAUGAGGCAGACCUUGGUAAUAAUACAAGGAAUGAAGUAGACAAGGCUAGAAAUGACAAGGAAUCGAAAGCAUUAAGAAAUUUUCGUGUUGCUUUGGUGGAUUUUGUGAAGGAUUUGGUAAAACCAUUUUGGCGGGAGGGUCAAUUAAGUAAGGAUGCCCACAAGAUGAUAGUUAAGAAAGCAGUUGAAAAGGUCAUUGGUUCACUGCAACCCCAUCAAAUCCCGAGUACUGCAGAGUCGAUAAACCAAUACCUAUCCUUAUCCCAAACAAAACUUUUCAAACUUGUAGAAGCUUAUAUGGAUAAGUACGCCAAGUCCUGAGCCUCCAAUAUCUGCAUGGUUUUGAGUUCUGUACAGUUGUCUGCUUGUGGAUCUUAACUAGACAUUUGUAGAUUUAAGGCAUUGUCAUAGCAGAGUCCAAGCUUCUUUACAUGGGAGGCUGCAAAUUUUCCUCUGGGAAUCUGUUAUCUGGUUACCUUACUUUAUCUAGGAGACUUUAAAAAUUGUAGGUUUGUUUGGCUUAAUCUAAUUAGCGAGAUGUUAAUGUUUCUUAAAUUCUUAAUAAGAUGGUUGCUCAAUUUGUGAACUCAGAAAUUGGGGGGAACCUAGAAGACAGAAAGUUACAGUUCAAAAUUGCAUCUGUUUUAGUAAUUUCUUCUGAUUCUUCUUGCUGCUGCAGUAAUUAGUGUAUGCUAAUCAGGGGGCUAAAUCCAGGUUUUCUCGGGGAAAUGUAAAGUUCAGAAUCAUAUAUCCGGAACUAUUUUAUGAUCUUGUUUAAAAUUUUAGGUUUCAUCAUCUGCAGUAUUGCACAAAGUUAAUUGUUGCUAUAUAUAUAGUCUCAUUUAUAUCAUGUAAGCUGUCAGGAUAACAGGUGGUCAAGCAAGAUGGCUUAAUUUUCUUCCAUGGGGGAUGUUGUUAUUUAUCUUCAUGUUUUUCUAUGCAAUUUGUAUGCUAAUAUUUGCACAUUUGUGAUAUCAGUUCUAUUGCUGUACCUGUAUAUUAUUGUUUACAUGGCACUGACCUGAUUAAGCAUGUAUCUAAAGUUCUGUAAAGU